ACAGUGGGAGUCUAGCUCUGCCCUGAUGGUCAGUCUGUCUGCUUCCAGGCUUUAGGAAGUGCAUCCUGGUGGGACACGACUGGGGAGGCUCCAUUGCGUGGGAAUUCGCCAUUCGUCACCCCGAGAUGGUGGGGAAGCUCAUUAUCAUGAACGCCGUCCACUCGUCCCUUUUCCAAGAGUACGUGGCCUGCCACCCCUGCCAGCUGCUGCGCUUCAGCUACCUGUUCACCUUCCAGCUGCAGAGACUGCCUGAGCUGCUCCUGGCUUUGGGUGACUUCCAGCUGUUGAAGGAGACUUUGGGCAGGAAGGCAGGAAUCCUGAACCCGGAGCAGCGCCUCACAACGCAGGAGCUAGAGGCCUACGUGUUCAGCUUCUCCAAGCCCUGUGCUCUGACCCCGGACAGGAGCCCCAUGCCGUGCAAGGACGUGCUGGUGCCCACGCUGGUGAUCUGGGGGGAGCAGGAUGCACACCUGGAUGCCGGGAUGAUCCCCUUCCUGGAGCAAUACGUGCGCAAGCGCUGCCGCGUGGGGCGCAUCCCUGAGGCCGGGCACUUCGUCCAGGAGGACCAGCCCCACAAGGUCAAUCAGCUGAUCUGGAGCUUCCUGCAGGAGAGUGACUGA